GCUUCAGGAUCAAGCACAUUCAGGCUCUUUAUAAUGAGUUCAAUUACACAGUUAUGAAAACUAAAAGAACCACGAAAGCUAACAACCGAAAAACAAACCAACCUUUUUUGCUCACACCUGGAUUCCUCAUAUUUCUUGGCGCUUUCAAAAUUCAU